AUGUUGACCGAAACUUACUUCGUGUCCAUAGCUGGGCAACCAUUAUCUAACAACACCACCGUCUCAAAAGAUGCCGGGAUUUAUGAGCAUACACUCCACCCCAGCCAUUCGACGACAAGUACCUUUAAGAAAAGCUCUGCUCCCCGUCAUUGUCUAGCUGUGAGCGAUACGCAUGUAUUUACAGCCCAGGAGGAUAAAUCAACAGUACACGUCUACUCGAGAGUCAAAGGCAAUCAAGAGGCCUUGGUUACUUUUCCAGAGCGCAUCCGAAGCAUCGCGCUGCAGGACGAUGUGCUCUAUUUGGGCUCGCAAGAGGGCAGGCUUAUCAUAUGGGAGGUCUGCACCGGUAGGCAAGUAGCUACGUCUGCUUGCCAUGUUCAAGCAAUUACAUGUAUCUCUGUUACGCCCUACCACCUUCUCACAGGGUCCGAGGACUCGAAUAUCAAUGUCUGGUCUGUUCCCCGCUUGCUGGAAUUAGACUCGACCAUCGAACACGAACCUCAAGAGACGCUGUCGAAUCACAGAGCCGCUAUCACGUCUCUUGCUAUCGGCUCAAGCGUAAAUCCGGAUACCAACAUCUGCGUCUCGGCGAGCAAGGAUAAGUCUUGUGUCAUCUGGAAUUACCAGCAUGGUGUAGCUCUACGAACAUUGCUAUUCCCGAGCUCGCCACUUUGUGUAUCCCUCGAUCCUUGUGCACGAGCUAUCUAUGUUUCUUCCGAUGACGGCUCGCUAUAUGCAAUUGACUUAUUUGCCGAUAAAGCUCUGCUAGGCCCUCAGAGUAUAGAAGACAGCGCUACGGCCGUUCAAGUUUCUUCGGCCUUUGGCGCUACGCCUCAGGAGGCGGGAGCGGCAUCGUGCAUGGCGUUGAGCUACGAUGGUACGACUUUAAUAACAGGCCACCCGCAAGGCCAGGUUCUACGAUGGGACUUGAGCAGUCGUGCCGACUCCACAGAGUUAACAAAUCUCAACGCUUCUGUCACAAAUAUCGUCUUUGUCUCUCCACUUCCGACCUCGCGGCCUACCAAGCCAGUUGCUGUCGUGAAGCCAUUCCUAGGAAGCCGCAGUUACAACUUUACCUCUCGGUUAGAUUCUGAUAUCUCAGAAGAUACCAAGUUUAGUAAGAUGCUUAAAUCUAACGGACUCCCGCAUGAUGUCUUGGAACAAGCCAUCCUCGCCUUCCAGACACCAGCCGAGGAUAUUGCCGGGGAUCAAGAACUGAGGAAGGAAAAUGAAGAGUUGCGAGAGAUCAUUAACGAGCAACGUGCCCUCCAGAAAAAGACCUUGCAGCGAUAUAUCGAAGCUAAAUCUGCUGGUUCUUAA